UUUUUUUUUUAAAAAACGAAACGCAACAAGUUUCCGCCCCGCGUAACUUAACUUAAUAAACCAAGACUAAGCACUAAGUAGAAAUCCCAUAAGUUGGUGUAAGUUACACAAUUAUUAGCAUACAUCAGCAAGAUUUUAAUCAUAACUUUGAGUGAGUGAGAUAAUUAUAUUACUCAGGAUGGCGAAAACACGAAAGACCAAAAGUAAAGGUAAAGAUUUGUUAUAAUAGUCUAAUUAUUAUAAAGUUAUGGAGUUAAAUAAAUCAGUUUCAGUUCAGUAGUUUGUAGAAUUAAUGUGGGUAAAUUUUAAGGACGACUGCCACUAUUUUAUCGAAUUUCACGAAUGUAUCCCUAAAUCGAUCCCUAUGCCUAACCUGAACCCUAAAUCGAUCCGUAUGCCUAACCUGAGCCCUAAAUAGAUCCCCGACCCUAAAUUGGCCUAAAUUAAUCGAUCCCUCAAGCAACUAUAAUAAACACACAAAAGACGCCGUGGCACCGUCCUUAAUAUUAGCCGAUUAAUGUAAUUAAAUCAGUGACGCGAUAACCGCAUACAAAUAUAAUGAUUUAAAUUAUAAUUAUUGUUUGUAGUUGUAGUUUUUUGGCAUUUGACAUUUCAAUUUCAAAUAAAUCAAAUUUGUCUUGAAAUGGUUAACAUAAAUUUAAUUAAUUAAAUAAUGUUAGUAAAAUUAGUAAUACAAAGUAAUACUUUAUAAUAAUAAUAGUACUAACUAGUAAUAGUAGGCCUAAAACUUAAAACUAAUUAAAUAGUAAGUAACAUGCCUAUCCCAGGCUUAUAUUUAUAUCUGAUAUAUUAUAUAAGUUAGACUAUUGUAUAGUAGGCCUAUAUAUAAUAUAGUUAAAUAAUAGUUAUAUAAAUAUAUUUUAUUACUAUUAAUUAGGCUAAUACUAAUAAUAAGUCUUAAAGUUUGUAAAUAAGACUAAGAAAAUAAAGACUAAGAGUGAGCGGUAAAUUAGGAGAGAUAGUACCAUGGCCGCCAUCUUGGUUGAAGCGACCCGCGAAUUUAUGUCCUAAAUGUAUCCCUAAACCUAACCUGAACCCUAAAUCUAAACCUAUCCUGAACCCUAAACUUAUCCCUAACCAGGGUUUUGACCCUAUCAGAACUAGGGACAAGACACACAAAUGACGUCCAGGUACAAUCUCUCCAAAUUAGUCGAGAGAGCUUUAUGCCUUAACUAUGUCUAUGACUACUUUACUAUGAGUAUGAGUCCUUAUUAUGGCAUGGCAUCACUGACUUAUUCAAGUUGUGGGGGGUGGGGGUGGUGUAGAAGGCGGUGAGGAAAUCAAAGAGUCAUACAUAUGUUGAAAUCAGCUGGUAAUGACCAGCUCUGUCCAUCAUCCUUAGACUUUAAAUUAGAUGGUAAUCUACCACUUGAGUGUCAACCAAGAAAAAAUCCAGUUGUUUCCGGUGUGAAGGGCUAUUUAAACAUUUAAACAAUUAUUCUUAUACUGGUGUCCGUUUAAUGGUUCCUCUUUCAUAUAAAGUUAUUUAGCAGAAUACAUUUAAAUAAUUAUUACUACUAAGCUACUGAUAUGACAGGAAGAAAAAGAGGAGAGACUACAAUAGUGCUGAUGCACGAAGUGUUGGAUACUGAUCAGAUACAAAACAAAGAAGUAUGGUGGCUGUCCACACUACCGCCAAAUUUGUCAGACCCUAAUUUUGUACUAGGAUGGUGUGUGCGUCAACGCUUGUUAAAAAACAGUAUGGAAUGUGUUGUCUGCAAUGAGCUGUGCACAUUAAACAGAUACGCUUAAGGAUAGGACGGUCUCAGGUGGGUGCAAUUUUAUGCGGGAGGAGUGCGAAACCUGGCUGGCUGCGAAUGCAUCUGAAAUUGGGGGUUUCGACGAUCAAGGAGAAUCCAUUGUAGCUGAAAUUGAUGAAACAAAAUAUUUCCACAGCAAAUACCACCUUGGACUGUGGAGAGAGGAUCACUGGGUUUUUGGCGUGGAAAGAGAGAGUGGGAGCCAGACCGACGUGCAACAACAUUACAAGAGUGCAUGGAAAGGUUUAUACCUCCAAGAUCACUGAUUGUAUCAGAUGGGUGGGCGACGUAUGCCAAUAUAAGCUUAAUAAGAAAUGGUAUACAUUACUAUUAUGAACCCUCCAUUGUGAUGCAUCAACAAAAUUUUGUUGAUCCAGAUGACCCUGAUGUCCACACACAGAAUGUGGAAAAGAUGUGGAUGUGCGUGAAGCAAAAACUGAAAAGACAGUUUGGCACAAGCUGCGAUCUUUUUCCCUUAUAUUUACAUGAGUUCAUGUUCCGCUACCGUUUUCGUGGAAGUGAUAUUUUUAUAAAAUUCAUUGUAUUCUUGGGGGAGAACUAUGCAUAAUUUCAUUUUCACACAUUAAAUUGUUAAAAUUCUUCCAUUUAAAAAAAAAUUAAAUUGUUUUAGUUUUUCUAUUUUAAAAAAUUGUUGUGUGUUAUUUGUAUUAUACAUGUGCUGGAAUGAAUACGUGCAAUGUCAUAAAAAAACAAUACGAAUAAUUGUUUAAAUAGCCCUUAUAACCAGAAUAAAUGGAUUUUUUCUUGGCCGACGUUCAAGUGGUAGUUUACCAAUUAGACUUAGUCUUCAUUAGAGUCAAAAUGGAAAACAACUAAACUAAAAAUAUUGUAAGCUAUUGUCUGUUGUAAAUAUUGGCAAUAAUUUUAUAAUUGACAGCCUUAUAAAUUUAUAUAUUAAUAUUUGCAUUUUUGUUUAGAAUCUGGAGAAACUAAUGCACCAGCCUCCAAAAAAACCAAAUUGGAAGAACCCCAAGUUGAUGGCUUAGAAGUACGCUUUGAAUGGGAAGGGGAUAAAUCAAAGUGGGUUCGCUAUGCUAAACGUUUAAACAAAUCUUUAUGUGAUGCGUUUAAUGCUGGCAAGAAACAGGUAUGUAAUGCUUUUUCUCCUUUAAGUAGAUGUCCUGCAUCUGCAUUAACAUUUUUAUUUCUGCUGUUCAUGAAGAUUUACCGACCACAUAGGCCUUCAAAACUGCACUCAAAACACAUCUCUUUAAACUCUACUAUCCUGACUGAUUCCCUUCAAUUGCGGAUAAAUGAUGCUGCAGCUUGCUGUCAAUGGCUUGAUAUGUAAAAGUUCUGGGAUGGGUGGUGUGAAUAUACAUUUGUUUUUGUUUUGUUGUUAUAUAGCUGUGUUUUAAUUAAAUAAAUGUAUGUAAUUUUUUAAUGUCAUGUUAUGUUUUAUAAUAUUUUUAUGUACAGCACGGUGAGCCCAGCCCUAGGCUGGGGUACCGCGUCGCGCUAUAUAAGACCACUAAUAAUAAUAAUAAUAAUAAUGAUAAUAGAUUUCUAGUAAAAUUCUAAGACUUCAUUUGUUGCAAAUUUGGACUUUUUGAGUUUUAAGAUUUCAGACUUUAUUAACAUGACAUAAAUUGAAAAUUGAAUUAUUUGUAUAUGUCUUGUUAUUUUUUUCUAAUUUUAGAUACAAUUAAAAGUUCCAACUGGGGCAUUAUUGACAGUUGUUUUUGAUAAGAUGAUACAAAAGAACAGUAAAACAGGGUGGGAGAGGAAAGUUCGAGUUGCAGUAAAGAACGACAAAGAGUCAGGUAAGCAUUUCAUUACUAUGUUGUACUAAAUUAUAAAUAAAAGUUUUAGUCUAAACUGUUGUGCAUAAAUAAAAAUGUUACACCAUUUUUCCAGAUUAUUAUGUGUGGGAAUGGCAAGAUGAUACAACCCAAUGGUGUCCAUACACAGUUCCACUUAGUGUAGAAUUGGAAAAAGCUUUCCAGGGCGGCCUAGACUCUUUGACAACCAGUUCAAAACCAUCUUCGUUUGAAAUGGACCUAAAGAACAUGACACAGACCAAUGUUAAAACAAAAUUCUCAAGAUCUAUCAGACGAACCAUUAAAGGUACACCUUGUAAAAAUAUAUCAACUUAUAUAUUGACCUUAUCACUCAUUAUAAGUAAUAUCAACUUAUAUAUUGACCUUAUCACUCAUUAUAAGUAAUAUUAACUUAUAUAUUGACCUUAUCACUCAUUAUAAGUCAUUCAGCUUUGUCCAUCACUCUGAAAGACACGUCCUCACACUGCUAUAACUCAGCUCAACUGUCUUAUCACACAGCUCUCCUAGCUCUCCUUAUCUCAGUCAACUCAUACUUUAUUACCAGCAAAGCGUGGAAGACAACCGAUCUGACAAAAACAUAAUUUUACUCUCCAAAAACGUGGAGCUCACAUUGUCCUCUCAAAAUACAAUUCAUUGUCCCCGUGGACAAAACAUGGUCAACACCAUUCACUGUUCACUCAUGCUACCUCUCUGUUUUCAUGUGAAAGCAUAGUCCGUUACAAUUGCCACAUAACAAAAAAAAGAAGCAUCUUAAAAAAAGAUGUCGUCCUCGUCACCACUGGCACUUAAAGCCAUGGCCUGCUUCAUCUCAUCCUUCCAUUCAUAGCAGUCCUCGUCACCACUGGCACUUAAAGCCAUGGCCUGCUUCAUCUCAUCCUUCCAUUCAUAGCAGUCCUCGUCACCACUGGCACUUAAAGCCAUGGCCUGCUUCAUCUCAUCCUUCCAUUCAUAGCAGUCCUCGUCACCACUGGCACUUAAAGCCAUGGCCUGCUUCAUCUCAUCCUUCCAUUCAUAGCAGUCCUCGUCACCACUGGCACUUAAAGCCAUGGCCUGCUUCAUCUCAUCCUUCCAUUCAUAGCAGUCCAUGGCUUUGCGUUUCCCAAAAUCAUAACCCCCAGCUGAUGUAAGUCAUUCUCUACAUUGUCAAUCCUGGGAGCCAUCUGCCCCCUUGGUUUCUUCCUGCAUAUCACUUUUGCUGCUCCACAAUCCGGCAUUUUCUCAAGGUGUCCUGUCCAGUGCCACCUGACAUUUUUUAAUUUUUCAAAAGACUCCCACAAAAAUAAAGUCAUAAUAGAAAGUUAAUCUAUUUUUAGAAAGUGAAACUCCCUCAGACUAUGAAGUUGAAGUUGAUGUUCAGAAUGAGAAUGCGUCAGCUACAAAAGAAGAAAUCAAUGAGGAAGAGGAAGAAGAUGUUCCAAAACCUAAGAGCGGAAGGGGAAGAAAAGGCAAAAGUGGUAGCAGUGCUGCAAAUGGAAGUGGAAGGGAUCCAACCAAAUCAACUGGUAAAAUUAAUUUAACACUUUCUUCAUUAAAAAAAAAUUAUUUUUUUUUUUGGUAGCAAAAGACUUUUCUUCAAGAAAAGAAAAAUGAACACAUUAAUUUAGUAGGCACACACACAUCCAAAUGCUAUACAGAUAAACUGAUUUUUAUACCAGAAGUCUUUCAUGCAUUCAUUCAGGUCCAACAUGUUUUUUUUUUUAAUUUGAAGUUCUUAAAUUUUUUUUGACCAGUUAAACUGAUCGUAUGACUCUUUUUUUUUACAAGAAGAAAUCAAUGAGGAAGAGAAAGAAGAUGUUCCAAAACCUAAGAGCGGAAGGGGAAGAAAAGGCAAAAGUGGUAGCAGUGCUGCAAAAGGAAGUGGAAGGGAUCCAACCAAAUCAACUGGUAAAAUUAAUUUAACACUUUCUUCAUUAAAAAAAUACUAUACGGAUAAACUGAUUUUUAUACCAGAAGUCUUUCAUGCAUUCAUUCAGGUCCAACAUGUUUUUUUUUUUUAUUUGAAGUUCUUAAAUUUUGUUUGACCAGUUAAACUGAUCUUUAUAGCUUUAAUAAAACUGGGAAGCUAAUAAAUUUCUAGUCUUGUUUGAAUUGAGUACACUCUUUUUUACCUAAGAGCGGAAGGGGAAGAAAAGGAAAAAGUGGUAGCAGUGCUGCAAAAGGAAGUGGAAGUGAUCCAAAAAAAAAAAAUGGUAAAAUUAAUUUAACACUUUCUUCAUUAAAAAAAUACUAUACGGAUAAACUGAUUUUUAUACCAGAAGUCUUUCAUGCAUUCAUUCAGGUCCAACAUGUUUUUUUUUUUAUUUGAAGUUCUUAAAUUUUGUUUGACCAGUUAAACUGAUCUUUAUAGCUUUAAUAAAACUGGGAAGCUAAUAAAUUUCUAGUCUUGGUUGAAUUGAGGACACUCUUUUUCGGGUGAAUGUUUCAGGAAAUCACUUUUUAUGCGUAAAUAUUAAUUAAUUUUAUUAAUGUUUAAUUUUUAAAUAUUUAGUGAAAACCGUGGUGGUGAAAAAGGGGAGUGCACCUGUAGAUGAUCUUUGCCCUAUAGCAAGUAGCUCUUCAGUACAUGAAUCUAACAGAAUAAUUUGGGAUUGCAUGUUAAAUCAGGUAAUAACUUAAAAAACUAUCAGCAUCAUCAUUAAUAUAUUUAUGUUAAAUUCUUAUAUAUUCCAUCAUUAUUCAACUCAGUAUGUUUUCUUUUACAUGAAAAGUAAAGAAAAUAAUCAUUAAUGACAUUUUAAAUGUAUGUAAUAAAUUGUCUGGUUAAAGAGAAAUUUGUUGUAGAAUAUUUAGAUUCACACAUUUUAUUUUAUAACUUUUCUUUUAUGGUUUUACUAAAGUUGAAUAACUUUUUGUUGCAGACCAAUAUUUCAAAUAACAACAACAAAUACUAUUUGAUUCAACUGCUCCAAGACUCUGUCAAAAAUUCCUACCAUGUCUGGCAGAGAUGGGGGAGAGUCGGUUACAACGGUCAGACCAAUUUGGUCAACUGUGGGACUGAUCUAGAGGCAGCCAUGAAAGUCUUCAUCAAAAAGUAAGAAAUAUCAUCUUGAGUUCCACCUCUCUUUUUUGAUUACCUUAUCACAAUAGUUCUUUUUUACCAUUCCAGUGUAAUGUUGGGAUUAUUUCUCAGUGUCUCUAAAUUGGCUUUGGCUCUUAUAAAGAAUAUGGAGCUGAAAGUUAGUUUACAGAAAUUUUACAGUAAAUACUUUUUGAACUUCCUUAUUUUAGGUUUAAAGACAAAACAGGAAAUGACUGGAGCUGUAAAGAUUCUUUUGAUAAAGUACCUGGAAAAUAUGACUUACUUAAGAUGGACUACUCAGCAGAGGUAAAUGUUGUCUGUGCCGCCAUUUUCUCAUUUUGUAGUAUUGAAAAUAUGUAUUAAAAGACAACAUAUCAAAGUUUUUAACUGUAGCUUUCAUAAAAUUGCUUUGUCCGUUCAGUAUUUUAUGUCGUUUGUAACCAUCAUAGAAUAAGAAUUUGUCUUUAAUUGUCUUUUUCAGAUAUUCUAUUCAUGAACUCAUUGUACUCUCAUUGUAUGAAAUUUAACUUGAUAUUAAAUAAAACCAAACACAGUUGUCUCAACAAGACUAUAAGUUAAACUAAUUUAAAAACUAUAAAAUCUGAUAACCGUUUUUCUUGCUGUAAUGAACUAUUAGGGCCAAGAUCAAGUUGAUGCCCCUAAAGUCAAGGAAGAAGGCACUGAAGAGACUCAAGCUCCAGACUCUAAACUUGACCAAAAAGUGCAGGUAGAUACAGUAGUGUAGUCCUUGAGUGUGAAUGGCAGUCACUUGACAACAGUGAGUUAGUUAUGUCCAAAGUAAAUGUGCCUAUAGCAAUGUUAUUUAUAAACAUAUUUUUAUCAUAACUUAAAAGAAAUCAUACUUUUUUUCUUCCAAGGAUCUAAUCCAGCUGAUUUGUGAUGUUAAGUCUAUGGAAGAUGCUGUGAUAGAGAUGAAAUAUGAUGCAAAGAAGGCUCCAUUAGGUACAUCAAGUCUUAAGUACAUUUUAAAACAUCAAUUGGUCUGUGCUGUACAGCUAAUAAUGAUGUUGACAAUUAAAUGUCUAACAUGAUGUUACAAAAGGUUAUGUUAGCAUAAUCCUUUGACACUGCCUCCAACAAUUGUCAGUUAAAGCAGUGAUUGAUAUUGCAGGGACGACUGGGUUAAAGGUCUCAUUGUAAUGACCACAGGAGCUCUUGAUGUUGUCAACCAUGAUGAAUUUCAUUGAGUUUGUGUUGUGAUAAUAUUAGAUAUCUUAAUUUUUUUUGGGUGUGUUUUGUGAUAAAAUAUCUUACUUUAUUUUUUAACUACUCAUUCCUAUUAAUUGAAGCAUGUAAUAAUCAAUAUAUUGAGUUAGCAAUGAUAGGUCUGGGCAACCUCAUGCUAAAGAAUCUAUACACACAGUCCUCGAAGAGGCUGUUCCUAGGCAACCGUUUCGUCCCAGCUACUUCGUGAACUAUUUACAAGGUAGAAACCCACUGCAGAAAACCCUAUUGCAGGGUGUCCGACGCUUCCCUGUGAUGGGUAGGGUGAGAUAUUAGAAUUUAAAUGCACCAUGCCAAGGCCAUUGCUGGUUUUGUGAGAGCAAUAGCAUUGCCUGACAGAAUAUGCUUGGGCUGAGAUGACCUUGUAAAGUUGUCAAUCAAGUGAAGUUAUGAGCAUGGGCUGUCCUAGCAGGAGGAGUUCUCCAACAUGACACUUCAUAGCCCGAUAGUGGACUAUUCCGGCUCUUGAUGUGGGGUGGGGGGCGGGCGUUGCUUUGGGAAGACAUUCAGAUCUUUGGCUCAACGGCUCGUUGACGCCAUUUCCUAACGUACAUAUUUAGUUAGCAUCUUUUUUGUUGUUGUAAAUAAUGUGGCACUGAUUAAUUGGCAAGUAAUAGGCCUAAUUGGCCUUUUUGUUAAUUAAUUGGUGUCAGUUAAUUUUUAGAAAUCUAUGCCUGUCAAUGUAGAAAGGAUGAUUAAAGUGCAAUUUGCCACUUUGCUUACCAGUACAGCCCUAUUUGUUAACUUGGAAAUAUUUUGUAUCAUGCCAGGCAAACUAACAAAAGCACAGAUCAAAGCUGGCUAUUCUGCCCUCAAAGAGAUUGAAGGUUUGAUAGAGAAGAAAGACUUUGGUCGAAACCUAUCAGAUGCUUGCAGUGAGUUCUACACCAGAAUUCCUCAUGAAUUUGGGUAUGUUUCGAACUAUAAAACAGACAUUUUUCCUGAAAUCGCUAUUCACCAUGUAAAUUUGUUUGUAAUAAGUAGUCCAUGACCAUCCAAAUCUUAUUUGAUUGAAAAAAUUCUCUCAUUUCAACCAUGAAAUCAAGGUAGAGAAAUAAAACAUUUAUUAGAUUUGAUAAAUUUCAGUUAUAACAUUAAUAGAUAUAAUUUUUUAAUAAUGAUCAAAUGUGUAGUAAAUCUUGUUUGGGCUAUGAAGUAGCAUUUACUUUUUGGGUGCAGACACAAAAUUUUAGGGGGUUAAGCUAUUCAAACAUUACUUAUGUAUGAUUUUAAAACCUUAGUUAUAAUUAGGCAUGAUGCUGAGUUAAGCUUGUUAUGAGUGGGAUCAUUUGGUUAAAUAUCUUAGUUUUAAAAUUGGUAGGGAUUUGUAUAUUUUAAAGUGUCUUAAUUAGUAAUGGAAAGCUUUGCUGGUGCAGUAGUACCUUACUCAAUAAAUGCUCGCAAUAUUUUUUACUCAAUCAACGAAGAAGAUAUUUUUAACAAAAAUUUUAAAUUGAAAUCAAAGGUUUUCAUAUUAUAAAUAAAAUCUCAGUAUAUUCUGAUGUCAUUUUUUUAUAAUUCAGAAUGCAGACUCCACCUUUAAUCAGAACACCACAGAUGGUAAAACAAAAGAUUGAGCUACUUGAAGUGAGUACCAGUUAAACAGUAUAUUCAUACUUGGGAAUGGAAGGAAGGUGAUAUAGUUUCAAUCACCGGGUACCUAUGUUAUUGUCUUUAGUAGGAACUUUUAAAUAACUGAAUAAUAAGGGUGGAUAUAAUUUUUUUUUAAAAUAGCUCAUCAAUCAAAUGUAUUUAAAGUCUCAAAAAUUUAAGUACCAAUAUACCAUAAAAGAAUAUUUUACAAAAAGGAUUUUGAAUAUAUAUUUUUACAUUAAUGGUCCUUGCUGUUUUUUUAACAUCUCUAAGCCUCACUUAUUUAAACUUUUCACUUUGUAAAGUUAACCUUUUUUUCUUAUUAGGCCUUAGAAGAUAUAGAGAUUGCUAUCAAGAUGCUCAAAGGUGGUGACAUGACUGAGAAUCCAAUUGACAGGCAUUAUCACCAACUUCACUGUGGAUUGGAACCUGUAAAUCACACAGCAGAUGAAUUUAAGGUAUUGAAAUGGACUCUUAUAAAAAUAUUGUUCAUGGCAAAACAAUUAACACAAUUUUUUUCUCUAUUAAUUUGUUAUUAGCCAUAUUAACAGAACUAUCCAAAUAAAAGUAUAUUAAAAGAUUCACUCUAUUGCCAUAGCCAUAUUUUAGCAGCAUAUACCCAUUAUGAACUAGGGUGGCAUCAAUAAAUUUGGCUGGUUGACACUGUAAAAUUCAGAAUGGCUGUUUUGCAGAUGAAUCUGUAAUUUGAUGACUUCAACUUUUAUGUAUCAUAAAACAGGAGAUUAAAAUUAAAAAUCAGUGUGCAUAAAAGUGAUGCAUUCUACAAAAGGGAACAUCAUGGUCCUGACUAGGAUUUGAGCUUAAACUCACAAACUGUUGUCAAAUGUGACUUAACUACCCAGCCACAUGCAAUUUUUUUUAUCUUCUACAUGAACCAACAAAAAAUUUGAUCUAGAAUUCGUGUGAGGUUAAUCUUUACAUUUUAAUUUUAAACCUCAAAGCUGGUGAAAAAAUACCUGGAGCAGACGCAUGCUUCUACACACAAUCAGUACAAGCUCGAGUUGUUGGAUUUGUUCAAGUGUGACAAGGAGGAUCAAGACGAGACAUUUAUAGACUAUGGCAAUAGGUCAGUUAACCUCAGUUGUAGCUAAAAUGUAGAACAUGAACAUGCAUUUUAAAAAAAGGCUGCAUUUAAAAAAAGAAAUAAAUUUGACAUAAUAAUAGAAUUUAUAGUUUGUAUUUAUAGUUAAAGGGAAAAAUCCUCAGAUUUGCUUUUAAAAUGAGACAUAUUUAUAUUUUUUUGUGUAUUUUAGUAGGCCACAGAAUGUUUGGCAUUUCAAAUAUUUAAAAAAGUGUUAUUAGUUAAUUUCCAUGUUAAAUGCUAUCAGAAGAAAAACCAAAACCUAAAUUAUUUCUUUGCAUGUGAAUGAAUUUGUUUCUUAGGUCAACUUAAGUUACAUUUUUUAUAUUUAUAGGAUGCUGUUAUGGCAUGGGUCAAGGCUGACCAACUGGGCUGGCAUCCUAGGCCAAGGCCUUAGAAUAGCCCCUCCAGAAGCACCUGUUACUGGCUACAUGGUGAGUGGCUAAGUAGGACAAAACUAAAAUACAGACACCGUGUUAAAAACUUUUUUCAUCAACAGUCUUAUUAUAAUUAGAUCCAGCAUUUUUGGUUCUAUGAAAUAUCCAUCAACUAUGAACAGAAGCUCGACUUGACUGUACAGACCCUUACAACAGAUAAUUUUAUAAUUUGUGACAUCCCCAGUAUGUGACAAUAUUUUUCCAUUCUGAUAUUUUGUGAAAAUAGUUAUUCAUAUAAAUAUAUUCAUUUGUCAUUUCCAGUUUGGUAAAGGUGUGUACUUUGCUGAUAUGUCUAGUAAAAGUGCCAACUAUUGUUUUGCAACCAAAACUAAAAAUACUGGACUCCUUCUUCUUUGUGAUGUAAGUAUUUGUUGUUCACUUUUGGCUUAGAUGACAAAAAACGGUUUCAAAGCAAAAAAUUAAUUCUGGACAUUUUAAGAAUUAUGAAAUCAAAUGAAAGGGAUGAAAGAACAUUUCUUUUGAAUCAAACUCAACCGAAUGAGAGGGUCUUGUCAGUAAUACACAUGAGUAUACCGGAUCUGUGUAUUAUGACUGAUGUGGAUGGACAUGACAUGUGUAUACUUGAUCUCUGUAUUACAACUGAUGUGGAUGGACAUCAGUAUACUGGAUCUGUGUAUUACGACUGAUGUGGAUGGACAUCAGUAUACUGGAUCUGUCCAUCCACAUCAGUGGUCUUUUGUGGGAUAAACCAGAUUGGUGUCGAUGCUAACCAGCAUGCACCAGGGGCACCUGGAACAACACAACAAAAAAAAAUGCAGUUUAGCUGAAUUUUUUUUUGUUUACAGCUGCCGAAAAAGACUAAUUUAUAAUGAAAGCCCAAAAAAACCAUUUUAUUUUUUUUAAAUCUGUCAUCUCAAAGUAAUUUUAAAAUAUAAAUAAAGUUCGCCUAAUUUCAAUUCAAAAAAAGAAAAGAAAAACAACAAAAGAAAAGAUAUUAUUGGCAAUUACUCAUUUCCUUAUGUUGGUAAGAUUGAAUGUUAACAGGUCUCUUGUUGUCUUCUUAGUAAUUCAAUUUCUUUUUCUCCUCUUUUUUAAAAACCAAGGUCUCACUUGGAACAACAAAUGACAAACUUGCAGCUGACUACACUGCUGCAAAAUUACCAAAAGGCAAACACAGCGUGAAAGGGGUGGGGAGGGUGGCACCUGAUCCAAAAACAUACGUCACACUGUAAGUAAAAUCUUUUUAUUUACAAAAUCACUAAAAUACAAAACUAAAGCUGACACCUUUCUUUUCCAGAUUGCUUUUUAGAAUUUUAAUUUUACUAAUUUGGUUUGUAGGCCUAUUUGUGUAAAGCUGACAAGUGAAUAAAUAAAACAUAUGUUCCUAUCAACAGUCCUGAUGGCCUCACUGUUCCAGUUGGGAAAGGUAUUGACGUAGGCAGUGCCACAGCCAACACCUUGAACUACAAUGAAUUUAUUGUAUACGAUACCAGACAGAUCAGGAUGAAGUACUUGGUAAAGGUCAAGUUUAAUUUCAAGUAGCAAGUCUUACAUUUCAUACCAUCGCCUGUUUACAUUUUUUUUGUUCUCUUCUGUAUAUUUGUUGAUUUUAUAUUACUUGUAUGUAAAUGUAUGAAACAAUUUCAGAAAUUACCGGUGGUUACUUGCUGAAUUUUAUUUUGGCUUGGUAAUUAGACCUGAAGUGUUUGGUUUUAACUGUAGUGAACAGGAGAAAAGUCCAUAGUUCUUGUCUGAUUUUAUGAUCAUGUGCAGGAAAAACUUGCAACGAAAUCUACUGUAAAAUGUUGAGGUUUGCUGUAAAAUGUAAAGUUACCGGCAGAAAUAUGCCGCCUUUUAUUAACAUUACCAGGGGCAUCUUUGUUGAUGAUAAGCGGCUGUUUUAAUUCCAUAAUUACUUUGAAUCUAAUGAGUUUUUCCUUGUUUUAAAUUUGUGACUGAAAUGUUGUUUUAAAAAUUAAGAAAUUCUAAUAGCACCAACAUUCUAUCCCCCAAAUUAUUAUACAUUUUGAGAGAACUCAGAUAUUUCCGUCCAUCCAUGUUAUUUAAUAUUAGAAAUUCAAAGUUUUGUCAGACUAUAAGUUGGUGGCCCCUGGUUAAAAGGAGCUUCUGGUAACUUCAAUAAUGAACUUGGCAUUUUAUUAGUUCAUGUCAGUGCUGUUUUAUUAAAAAAGUUUUAGAUUCAUAUAACAAUUAGCGUGUAUUUCAGAUUUUUUUAUAGGUAGUAUCAUUUAACUAUUUCAUAAAUGAUCCUUCCAUACAUUCCUUACACUGCAAUCUCUUCACAUUGGUUUUUGUUCAGAGUAACAGAACUUUUUUUUUUUAAAGUCCAAAGAUGGAAAGUGUAGUUUGCCAUGUACAGCAGUCUGACCUUGCAUUGAGAAAUGUGGGCAGGGCUUCCCAAACAUUGUGCACCUGGUACAGUGGUAUUGAUUAGGAUGCUUCCUUAAAUAUUAGCUUCAUAAAGAGCAGUUUUCCUGAAUAAAGAGCUUAAAUUGUUCAUAGUUGAUAGCAGUGUAUUCAAACUCAGAUCAACUUGAGUUUCAGAGAAUUCAAAAUUGGGUGUUUUUGUGUGUGCACUACUGACUGUAUCAUCAGUCUGGUGAAAGACUAGAAUCAUCCCACAAGUAAACGCAAGUUUAUUCUGAGAAACUUGAAAAUGGUUGAGUAUUAUUAUUGAAACUAUAAUUAUAAAACUAUCCAUAGACUUUAUAUCCAAAUAACUCACAUCAAUCCGGUGAAGUUAAAAUCCCUCAGAUUAUCUUACAUACUAUCAAAAAAUUGUUUAAAAAAUUUUGAUUGAUUGUAAGUUACUGAACUAUGUAAUUCUUAAUAUUUUUUUUUCUAAAAUAAAC